GGAAUACCCUGCUUAUCAAACAAAGAUGCUACUGCAUUCCUCUCGACAAACAAGAGUUUCUCCGACAAGAAAUCUGAAUGAUAGAGAAAUUGGGCAUUAUUCGACUAUCUACAAGCCCGUGGAGCUCCUUAUUGUAAUUAUCUCAAAGAAAGACG